AUGGUUCAUUUUAAAAGAAAAUCUGAACCAAUUUUAAGUAAUUUAACUAAAAAUAAUAAAAAUAGUAAUAGCAAUAGUAAUAAUAAUGAUAAUAAUAAUAAUUUGGUAACAUCAACAUCAGCAUCUUCAUCAACAUUAACAAUUAACAAUAAUAAUAAUACAACAAUGUCAACUAAUGAUAUAAAUAAUGAAAAUAAUUCAAUGUCUAGGAGUACAGGUAUUGAAAAGCCAGCAUUGCCACCACAAGAGAAUAAACCAAAAAGACCAUUAUCAUUCUCAGUAUUUACAUUGUCACCACCACCACCAACAUCAACAUCAUCUUCAAAUUCAUUACAUUCAUCGACAGGAAGUGGCAUCAAUCGUAGUGGUAGUUGCACCCCACAAAAAAAUCAAUCACCAUCAUCCUCAUCGCUAUCAUUAUCUCCCCACCCAGUUAAUGGAUCACCCAAAUCAUUGCUUGGUUUAUCAGGCUCUACAGGCUCUCCUCCACCAUUAUCGAAAUCAACAUCAACACAUACAUUUAAAAUGCCACCAAAAACUGGUUCAAUGAUUUAUUCUGUAGUAUAUGAUAAAACUAGUUCAAAUUUAGAAGUUAUUGAUGAAGAGUUAUAUAGUAAAAUAUCAAUUCAAAGAUUGUUAUUGGGCAGAAAUAAAUUAACAGAGAUACCAGAAAGGGUUGGAGAAUUAGGAAAGCUUUCAACCAUAGAUUUAUCAUAUAAUAGAUUAUCGACAUUACCCGUUUCAUUGUCUGGUUUGUCCGAUUUAUCAACAUUAAUUUUAACUGGUAAUAAAUUUAUGAUUCCAGCAACCAAAGAAAAUUUGGAAAUUCAAUCAAUGAAAAAGCAAUUUAAUCAACAUCAACAGGAUCUAAAACCAGAACAGGAGCAGCAGCCAGAUUCACAAAACUGUAGCGGUGUUGACAAUGAAGCAAAUAAUAAUCAAGAGGUUGAAAUAUAUAAUAGUGAUGGUCUUACUGAAGAAAAGGAUAAAUUAAAUUCAAUUAAAGAAGAGAAUGAAAUCCAGGAACCAGAACAACCAGAACAACCAGAACAAUCAGAACAAUCAGAACAACCAGAACAACAAGAACAACAAGAACAACAAGAGAAGCAAGAACAACAAGAGCAAAUUAAAGAAAAUAAGGAAAUAUCUAGUAGUGGUAUUGAACAACCACCACCAAUAUCAUUAAACCAUGAACAAUUAAAUCAAGGUGGUAUUCCAUGGGAGCUAUGUUAUAAUUCUAAUUUAAAGAAAUUAGAAUUGGGCUCAAACCAAUCAAAUGAUGAUAAAUGGGAUGGAAGUAAUAUAUUGCCUUCAAAUUUAUUUUGGUUUACACAAAUUGAACAGUUAUUAGUACCAUUUUGUCAAUUACAUUCAAUUUCUAGUGAUAUUCAGCACUUAGAAUCAUUGACACAUUUGGAUAUUUCAAAUAAUAAUCUGACAGAGCUACCAGUUGAAUUGGGACAACUUUGCUAUCUAUCUACACUUAUUGCAAAUAAUAAUCAGAUUAAAGAAUUGCCACAACAAUUAACAUCACUUUCAGAGACAUUAACUCAAUUAGAUGUAUCAGAUAAUGAAAUAGAAAGUAUUCCAGAAGAUUUUUAUUAUUUAAUGUAUUUAGAAAAAUUUGAUGUAUCAAAUAAUAAAAUUAAACAUUUACCAGUAUCUCUCUUUCAAGGUGUUAAUGAAAAUUUAGGUUUAUUUUCAUUAAAGUCAUUUAAAUGUCGUAACAACCAAAUCAGUGAACUUCCAAGCAAAUUCUUUUCAACAUGUAGCCAAUUAACCCAUCUAGACCUGUCAUUUAAUCAAUUGACAGAGUUGCCUAAUGAAGGUUUGAAUUAUUUGGAAAACAUCUCUACUAUUUUGCUAUUUAAUAACAAGUUAAAAUCAAUACCAAAAGAGUUAUUUGAAGGUUCACCAGAUAGCGAGGUACAUGUCUCGGGUGACCCAAAUGCUAUGGACGAAGGUAAUAUUAAAGAAAAUUUAACAACUUUUAAUGUAUCGGGUAAUCAACUUACAGAGCUCCCCGUUAAUAUUUGGAAAUGUAAAUCAUUAUCACAACUAAGUAUUGGUUAUAAUAACUUUAAAGAAAUUGUGUUCCCAAGUCAACUGGUAUCAUAUUCACUGGAAGAAUUUUACUUAAAUGGCAAUAGCUCGAUUGAGUUUAAAGUUAACCAACCCAGAGUCGGAGCAAAUAACAACACCGUGUAUCCAGAUUUUCCAUCACUUAGAGAAUUGGGAUUAGGCUCAUGCAAUUUAUCCGAGAUACCAGAGUUUUGUAAAGAUAUUAAAAGUAUAGAGAAGUUUGAUUUAUCAAACAAUAGAAUUAAAAGCUUACCAAAUUGGAUAGGUGAGUUUGAACAUUUACUUGUAUUAUAUUUAUCAAGAAAUCAAUUAUCAACAUUACCAUAUGAAGAGUUUCAAAAUUUUAAAAAUAUGAUCAUUUUAGAUUUAGCAAUGAACCCAAGUUUAGUACUCGAUCAAUCAUUAUAUAAACAAUUAAAAGACACAACUAUUAUAACAAGUCCAUCACUUAACGAACAGCAAAUAGCAUCAAAGCUAUUGUCAACAACCACCACAUCGUCUAAUGAAUCGGAUACACCACCAUCACCUAUAUUAAAUAAACAUCAUAUGAUAAUCACUAAGUCGAAUAGAUUCGAAAUGGUUUAUUCAGAUAUGAUUGGUAGAAGACCAACUAUGGAAGAUUCAUUUAGCAUUUUUGGUAAAUUUAAUGACCAAGAUGACUAUGAUUUGGUAUCAUUGUUUGAUGGUCAUGCAGGAAAUAGAGCAGCAACAUACAGUAGUGAAUGGUUCCCAAAGAUUAUGAAAAAAUUAAUGGAUAUCUACCCAUCGCUUCCACCCCUUCAAUGGUUAAAACAAGCAUACAGCGAAAUAUCAUUACAAUUCAAAAUGUAUAUUAAUAAUGAAAGACCAGAUCUCAAAUAUUGUGGUGCAACUGCAGCUUCCCUUUUAAUCACUCGUGAUUAUUACUGUGUUAGUAAUAUAGGUGAUACUAGAAUCGUACUUUGCCAAAGUAAUGGUGUUGCUAAACGUUUAUCAUUUGACCAUAAACCAUCACUACCAAUGGAAACUAAAAGAAUUAAUAACUUGGGUGGAUAUGUAGUAUCAAAUGCUCAUACAUCAAGAGUCAAUGGUACCCUAGCUGUCUCAAGAUCAAUAGGUGAUAUUUAUAUGGAGCCAUUCGUUAUACCCGAUCCAUACCUCUCUCAAACUGUUCGUGACUUUGAAUUGGAUCAAUACCUGAUUGUUGCAUGUGACGGUAUUUGGGAUGAAAUUUCUGACCAACAAGCUUGUAAUAUAGUUUUAAAUUCUUCAUCAAUAGAAGAGGCUUGCAAUAAACUCAAAGAUUUUGCUUAUUUUUCAGGUUCUGAUGAUAAUAUUUCAGUAGUUUUAAUUAAAUUAAAAAAAUAA